AUGGCGAACGAGCAGCCUACGGUUCCCGACUUAAACUCUCCGCCAUUCUCGAGGCUUUUCGUACUUUGUGGCCGCCAGGUGACUGCGGCCGCUUUGGAGGAGUGCUUUUCGCCGUAUGGCAGCGUGGAGCAGUGCCACAUUGUGCAGGAUCAGAGCACCGGACAGUCGAAGGGCAUCGGAUUUGUGAAGUUCCAGAAAACGUCCCAUGCGGCCCGAGCGCUCAAGGAAGCCGACGGCAAGCACAUCGAGCCGGAACCGAAACCCAUCCGGGUGGAAAUCGCCACCAGCACAAUCGAAUCGAAACCGCUGGAUUGCUUGCGCCUGAAGGUGAAGUGUCCCGCCGAUCUGGACGCCGACGCGGUCAAGGCGGAGUUCAGCAAAAUUUCCGCCGUCAACAGUGUGCAGCUGGUGCCGGACAAGAAGUCGCCGGGUAACAAUGUGGCCUACCUGACGUUCGAAUCGUUCCUCGAUGCGGCGCUCGCGUACGAAACGGCCAAGCCCGAGCACAAGGCCAAGUUCGCCAAGAUUAAACCCCGCAAGGUAAGUCUGGAGUCGCAACCGCAGGAAGCGAAGGCGUUCUUCCGGCCGUUCACUCGCCGACGGUCUUCCGCGUUGCUUCCGCCCACAAAGCUGACCGUGCUGUGCAGCUCGACGCUGACGCAGAAUCAGAUCUGGCGCCUAUUCGACAUCAUACCGGGGCUGGUUAACUGCUCCAUAUCGCACGAUGGUGGCUCCAUGGGAACGGCCACGGUUACGUACAACAACUCGCAGUCGGCAAAGUAUGCCCGGGACAAACUGCACAAAUUCGAAUACCCGAUUGGUGAGAAAAUCGUCGUUAGAGAUGGCGCCGAAUGA